CAGCCCAAGCUCUCCAAGAACCAGCUCCGCAAACAAAAACGUCAGAAGCUUCGCGAAGAGCGCAGAGGAGAACGCAAGCAAAUUCGGAAAGACAAGCGGCACGAAAAGACUGCGCAGCGACGACAAGAACGCGAAGAGAAGGCCGAGAAGAUUGCACAGCAAGAGGGAAUUGACAAGGCCGAAGCUCUACAGCGGAUACUAGCAGAGGAGCAAGCCGAGAGGAAGAAGGCACCGCAGAGCAGGCCAGUCCCGGUGGCUUUUAUUAUUGACUGUGACUUUGAGAAGUACAUGCACGAGAAUGAGCUUGUUUCUUUGGCCAGUCAGAUCACGAGGAGCUACUCGAUGAACAAGACCGGCUUGUACCAGGGGCAUUUGCUGGUGAGCUCGUGGGGUGGGAAAUUGAGUGAGCGAUUCAACACAGUGCUGAAGGGUACACACCUCAAUUGGAAGGGUGUGAGUUUCGUGGAGGGCGACUUUGUCGAGGCUGGCAAGGUUGCAUGGGGAAUCAUGAAUGGCCCGACAGCUGGGAAGGCUUGUCCAGCGUUAGGCGGAGAAGAGAUGACAAGCGUCGAGGAGACCGGGGAGAAGUCCGCUGUGGAGGUUGACGAUCAAGCGAUCACGGAGCCACAGGUCGCCACGGAAUUCUCGAUCGACUCCGUCGUAUAUCUCUCUGCCGACUCGCCAUUUACACUCGACAAGCUCGAGCCCAACACAAGUUAUGUGGUUGGCGGAUUGGUGGAUCGAAACAGAGAGAAGAAUCUCUGUCAAAGACGCGCCGAGGAGAAGGGCAUUCGCACGGCAAAGCUACCUAUCGGCGAGUACAUGCAGAUGGCAAGUCGGCGGGUGCUUGCCACGAACCAUGUGGUCGAGAUCAUGUCACAAUGGCUCGAGACUGGAGACUGGGCCAAGGCUUUCAUGGAAGUCAUUCCGAAACGAAAAGGCGGCCAGCUGAAGACCGCGGAGGAAGAUGACGACGGCGCUGGCGAAGCCGAAGGCAACGGCGACGAUGAAGCGGCCAACGCUCAACAUGCCGGUGGGGAGCACGCAAAUGGCACGACCAAUACGGAGGCCUAGCAAAAGGUGACGAGAUACCUAAAGUGGAAGAAAAGAUAGCAAAAACCCAGUCGGCCCAUCUUGCCACCGCCACGUUCAUGACCGCGUUCUGUGUGUACGCCUUAUUGGAUUACCGAUUUCAGAACGCAGGAGGAGCCCAUGUCGCUCUACAAAGACCUUUCAUACCUAUCGUAUACUAUCAGAUGACGGGCAUCCAGCGCC